AAUUCCAUAUGAAUAUGCUAAUGCCGAAGCACCUGAAGACUUUAGUGGAGACAAUGCGAGCGAGGAAAUCAUCAUGUCGUACAUGGGAAACAAAACUCAAAAAGAGGAGCUUGGAAGAGCGACUUGGAAGUUUCUGCAUACAAUGAUGGCAAGAUAUCCAGAAACACCUACUAGAAACGAACGGAAAUCACUGUAUGAUUUCAUGAUGUUAUUUUCGACACUGUAUCCUUGUGGUGAAUGUGCAACCCAUUUUAAUAAGAUGAUUACCGAAUUUCCACCACAGACCUCAUCUCGAUUUGCGGCUUCACAAUGGCUAUGCGGAAUGCAUAAUAAAGUCAAUGAGCGUUUACAUAAACCUAUUUUUGAUUGCAGUAGCAUUGAAUCGCAAUAUCCAUGUGGCUGUAAUGAACCGGAGGACGAGUAAACAAAAACAAAAAAAAAGCACCUCAUCCGGUUGAUCUUUUAUAUACAGUCAUAUAUUUAAUAAAAAAAAGCUAGUGGUACCAAGAACAUGUUUAAACUACGUGCUAUUUAUGGGAUUAGACAUAGAAAGCGACAGGAUUAAAACAAGUUUAAUUAAAUACACAUCAUGUGUACGUAAGCAAAAAUCUUGCAGGAAUCAACAGGUGCUUCAUAUUUUUUUUUUUUGGAAGGCACAAGCCACCGUGAUCCGAACGUUAGUUUUAAUCAAAAACAGGGCACUUUAUUUACACCGCCCCUUAUUUUAGAAAAUACACAUAUGAUAAGAC